AUGGAGCCCAAGGUCUUCUUCACUGUAGUCCAAGGCAACGGCAACCCGCCCCAGGUCAUCAAGGAUCUCUAUACCUUCACGCCCGCCGUCCUGACGGGCUACACGCGCCACCGCGUCCAGUUUGCCGACUACCCCGGCAUGAUCCCCGAGGACGACGGCUCGGUGCUCGGCAUCUACGCGACGGGCCUCACGGAUGCCAACGUCUCCAAGCUCGAUUUCUUCGAAGGUUCCGAGUACGAGAAGAAGAUCGUCAAGGUCAAGAUUCGGAGCGGCGAGGACGGUGGCGAGGAGGAGGAGAGGGAGGCCACGGCGUACAUCUACAAGCACCCGAAGAAUCUGGAGCGCCGGGAGUGGUCGUUUGACGAGUUCCGCAGGGACAAGAUGCACGUCUGGACGCGUGAGAGCUACGUCUUUGAGGGCUGCGAUGACUUUGCAGAGUUCGAGAAGACCGAAUACGAGGACAAGGACGGCUCUGCUGAACAAGUCAAACAAGUCGGCGCAUAA